AUGGACACACAGAGAGUCAAUGAAGGAGAGGACAAGAGAGUCAAUGGAAGAGAGAAUGACAUGCCUCAGGAGAGAACCAGGGAGUCAAUUAGGGAUAAUGAUAGAUCUGAUUAUUCUGACUUUUAUGAUAAUGAAUAUGAUCUUGAUGAGGAUGACAGAUUGUAUAAGACAAAUAUGGAUAAAGAUGUUGAAUGGGCUGGUGUAGGUGAUAAGGGUAAGGGUGUGAAGGAUGGUACCUCAGCUUUUCAUGGUACAGAUGAAGAGGAUGUACAUUCCGACUAUGCAGGUUCAGAUGAAUUAUGUAGUUUUGAUUAUUCAUCUUCAGAGGAUGUUGGUGUCAAUGUGAGGAAGCCAAAGUUCCUUGAGUUUAGAGUUGCCACUGACAUGAAAAACCCAUCUUUCAAGCUAGGAAUGUUGUUUGGAACAACUAUUGAGUUGAAGGCAGCAGUAAGGGAAUAUGCAAUUAAGGAGGAAAAAUAA